CCAAGUCUAGCUUCUCCAUAAUCUAGUCCAUUUUUGUUAAGCCCUAUAAAUACUGAUAUUUGCUAUUUACAGGUUGACUGGAACUUCAUUGCGCUGGCCUGUGGCUAUAAAGAUGCUAAAUCUGCCCAGGAGCGUUUCCGACAGAUCCGUAUUCGACUUAAUGCCAGAGUUUACGUCGAUAGUAAGAAGUCAAUUACAACACCGUCCAAGACCGCAGCGAAGAGAAAGGAUUCAUCGACUAAGAUGACCCCAUCUCCUUCUCCGAAGAUGCCGAAGGUUGACGACGAUGAAAAGAAAAUGUCUGUCAGAAGACAUUCGGCGCUUGCCAUCCACACCGCUUGGACACCUACAAAUCAUCCUGAUAGGGAGAUUCAUUCCAGAAGCAACGCAUCAACAUCUUCCGCAGCUGGAGACUCCGACGAAUGUCUCGCUAAGGACUAUCUAAGUCACACUGGGGUGUCGGCUGUUGUCAGGAGAGAGCCUACUCCUAAGGGCUCGGAUGAUGAGGAUGCGUACAAGGAGGAGUGGGAAGAUACUAGCUUGGAUGAUGAUGAGUUUGAAGGAGAUGACGAAGAUUCCCUUGUUCUGUGA